GGGGCGGGGCUCAGGGUCUACCCCGCCCCCGUUUCCCGCUACAGCGUGGGGCUGCGAACCGUCUACACCUGCGGCUGCUUCCCUGAGCUGUAGCACCGGUGAUCAUGGGGCAGGAACCGCGGACUCUGCCGCCCUCCCCCAACUGGUACUGCUCCCGCUGCAGCGAUGCGGUACCCGGCGGCCUCUUCGGCUUCGCGGCCCGAACCUCCGUCUUCCUUGUGCGUGUGGGCCCCGGCGCGGGCGCGAGCCCUGGGACGCCCCCUUUUCGAGUUGUAGGAGAGUUGGUGGGACACACCGAAAGGGUCUCGGGCUUCACGUUUUCUCAUCAUCCUGGUCAGUACAACCUCUGUGCCUCCAGCUCCGACGAUGGGACUGUGAAAAUCUGGGAUGUAGAGACAAGAGCAGUUGUGACAGAACAUGCGCUCCAUCAGCAUACAAUCUCAGCACUGCAUUGGUCUCCUCGAGUAAAGGACUUAAUAGUAUCUGGGGAUGAGAAAGGAGUAGUUUUCUGUUAUUGGCUUAACAGAAACGAUAGCCAGCACCUCUUUAUAGAACCCAGGGCAAUCUUCUGUCUUACUUGCUCACCUCAUCAUGAAGAUUUAGUGGCCAUUGGCUACAAGGAUGGCAUAGUGGUCAUAAUGGACAUCAGUAAGAAAGGAGAAGUGAUUCACAGGCUUCGAGGCCACGAUGAUGAGAUCCACUCCAUAGUCUGGUGCCCCCUGCCUGGUGAAGACUGUUUAUCCCUGAGCCAAGAGGAAAACUCAGAAGAACCUGACAUUCACAAUGGGAAAGUUGUAGCACAAACUCCACUGUCAAAAGGCUGCUACUUAGCCACUGGAAGCAAAGAUCAGACCAUUCGGAUCUGGAGCUGCUCUAGAGGCCGAGGGGUAAUGAUUUUGAAAUUGCCCUUUCUGAAGAGACGAGGAGGAGGAAUUGACCCAACUGUUAAGGAGCGCCUGUGGUUGACACUCCAUUGGCCCAGUAAUCAGCCCACACAGCUGGUGUCCAGCUGUUUUGGAGGCGAACUGCUGCUCUGGGAUCUCAACCAGUCUUGGAGACGGAGAUACACCCUCUUCAGCACUUCAUCAGAAGGGCAGAACCACUCCAGAAUCGUGUUUAAUUUAUGUCCUUUACAAACUGAGGAUGAUAGACAGCUGCUGCUUUCCACGUCCAUGGAUAGAGAUGUAAAAUGUUGGGACAUGGCCACACUGGAGUGCAGCUGGACCCUGCCUUCCCUUGGUGGGUUUGCCUACAGUCUGGCCUUCUCUCCUGUGGACACGGGCUGCUUGGCAAUAGGUGUUGGGGAUGGCAUGAUCCGCGUCUGGAAUACACUCUCCAUUAAGAACAACUAUGACGUGAAAAAUUUUUGGCAAGGUGUCAAGUCCAAGGUUACAUCACUGUGCUGGCACCCAAACAAGGAAGGUUGCUUAGCUUUUGGAACUGAUGAUGGAAAAGUGGGAUUGUAUGACACCUACUCCAGCAAACCUCCACAGAUUUCCAGCACAUAUCAUAAGAAGACUGUGUACACGCUAGCCUGGGGGCCACCAGUACCCCCCAUGUCACUUGGAGGAGAGGGAGACAGACCCUCCCUCACUUUAUACAGCUGUGGAGGGGAGGGGAUUGUCCUGCAGCAUAACCCCUGGAAGCUUAGUGGAGAAGCAUUUGACAUCAACAAACUCAUCAGGGACACCAACUCAAUCAAAUAUAAAUUGCCUGUACACACAGAGAUCAGCUGGAAAGCAGAUGGCAAAAUCAUGGCUCUUGGCAAUGAAGAUGGAUCAAUAGAAAUAUUUCAAGUUCCUAACUUGAAACUGCUCUGCACCAUUCAGCAGCAUCACAAGCUUGUGAAUACGAUCAGCUGGCAUCAUGAGCAUGGCAGCCAGCCAGAGCUGAGCUAUCUGAUGGCCUCUGGCUCCAACAAUGCAGUCAUUUAUGUGCACAACCUGAAGACUGUCAUAGAGAACAACCCUGAGUCACCAGUGACCAUUACAGAGCCCUACCGGACUCUCUCAGGGCACACAGCCAAGAUUACCAGGCUGGCAUGGAGCCCGCAUCACGAUGGAAGGCUGGUGUCUGCUUCCUAUGAUGGUACAGCCCAGGUGUGGGAUACCCUCCGAGAGGAGCCGCUCUGCAACUUCCGAGGACAUCGAGGUCGGCUGCUUUGCGUGGCUUGGUCCCCACUGGAUCCUGAUUGCAUCUACUCAGGGGCAGAUGACUUCUGUGUGUACAAAUGGCUCCCUUCCAUGCAAGAUCAUUCUCGGCCUCCUCAAGGCAAGAAAAGUAUUGAAUUAGAGAAAAAACGGCUCUCUCAACCUAAACCAAAGCCUAAAAAGAAGAAAAAGCCCACCGUGAGAGCACCUGUAAAGCAAGAAAUGUUGGAUGGGACUGAAGAAGAAAGUAUAAAGGACAACUCGGACCCUGUGGAGAACGGCGUGUCGGACGCAGAGGGGGAGGAGGACGCCCAGGAUCCAGAGCCGCCCUGCAGCCCCGCUUCUGCUUCCGUGGUUUCUAGAGAACCAGUUGUCUGCACUGCAGUGUCCUCAGGUGUUGAAAAGUCUAAAGGCACUAUUAUUAACAAAAUGUCUUUACUGAAAAAGGAGCCACCUAAAGAGAAGCCAGAAGCCUUGAUCAAAAAGAGAAAAGCUCGAUCCAUGCUGCCCCUGAGUACGAACCUGGAUCACAGAUCCAAAGAGGAGCUUCAUCGUGACUGUUUGGUACUAGCGACAGCAAAGCAUUCCAAAGAGCCAAAUGAGGAUGUAUCUGCUGAUUUGGAGGAAAGAUUUCACCUGGGACUUUUCACAGACAGAGCUACCUUGUACAAAAUGAUUGAAAUUGAAGGAAAAGGUCACUUGGAAAAUGGCCACCCGGAGCUAUUUCACCAGCUCAUGCUAUGGAAGGGGGACCUAAAGGGAGUUCUCCAGACCGCAGCAGAACGGGGAGAACUGACAGACAAUCUUGUGGCUAUGGCACCAGCAGCGGGCUACCACGUGUGGCUGUGGGCUGUGGAAGCUUUUGCCAAACAACUAUGUUUUCAGGAUCAGUAUGUCAAGGCCGCCUCUCACCUACUUUCCAUCCACAAAGUGUAUGAAGCUGUGGAGCUGCUCAAGUCAAAUCAUUUUUACAGGGAAGCCAUUGCAGUUGCCAAGGCCCGGCUGCGCCCAGAGGACCCUGUCCUGAAGGACCUAUACCUCAGCUGGGGAACUAUCCUAGAAAGAGAUGGCCACUACGCUGUAGCAGCCAAAUGCUAUUUAGGGGCCACUUCUGCUUAUGAUGCUGCCAAAGUUUUGGCCAAAAAGGGAGAUGCAGCAUCACUUCGAACGGCUGCUGAGUUGGCUACAAUUGUAGGAGAGGAAGAGCUGUCUGCCUCCCUGGCUCUUAGAUGUGCCCAAGAGCUGCUUCUGACCAAGAACUGGGUGGGAGCCCAGGAAGCACUGCAGCUGCAUCAGAGUCUACAGGGUCAGAGACUGGUAUUUUGCCUUCUUGAGCUACUGUCCAGGCAUCUAGAGGAAAAGCAGCUUCCAGAGGGCAAAAGCUCCUCCGCUUCUUACCACACAUGGGCCGAAGUCACCGAAGGGCCAUUCGUGGAGAGGGUGACGACAAUAUGGAAGACCAUCUUCGGCCUUGACACUCAAGAGCAGUGCCAGGCAGCCUUUGAAAAGCUGCAAACCAUCAAAUACCCAUCUGCUACGAGUAACACUCCCUCCAAACAGCUCCUGCUUCACAUUUGCCAUGACUUGACCUUGGCAGUGCUGAGCCAACAGGUGGCUUCAUGGGAUGAGGCUGUGCAAGCACUGCUUCGGGCUGUAUCCCGGAGCUACGACUCAGGGAACUUCACCAUCAUGCAGGAAGUGUACUCCAUCUUUCUCCCUGAUGGCUGUGACUACCUACGAGACAAACUGGGUGACCUUCACUCCCCCACCACAGCAGCUUUCAAAAGUUUGGAGGCCUUCUUUCUUUAUGGGUGUCUAUAUGACAUCUGGUGGGCUCUCUCCAGGCCUUGCCCUCACUCCAGUAUCUGGGUAAGGGCCUGUCACAGAAGGACGCCCUCUGUUGAGCAAAGCCAAGAGGUGGAGAACGCCAGUGCUGAGGAAACAGACCCAGAAGCUGCCUCUCAGGCAGAGCCAAGCAGGCCGCUGCAGCUAGAGCCGCCACAGCUAGACUUGAAACUCUCAGAAGAAAGUGAGCAAGUGCUGAGUGCUUGCAAGGAGCUCUUUUCAGAGAAGCAUGCUAGUCUCCAAAACUCGCAGAGGACUGUUGCUGAAGUCCAAGAGACUCUGGCAGAAAUGAUCCGCCAACACCAGAAGAGUCAACUCUGCAAAUCCACCGCGAACGGUCCUGACAAGGACGAACCUGAACAGGAAGCAGAACCGUCCCUCUCCAGUCCUCAGAGCCAGUGUAAAGAAGAAAAAAAUGAGCCAGUUUCUCUGCCUGAAUUGACCAAAAGGCUUACAGAGGCAAAUGCAAGAAUAGCUAAGUUUCCUGAGAGUAUUAAGACCUGGCCCUUCCCAGAUGUGCUGGAGUGCUGCCUCGUCCUGCUUCACAUUGGGUCCCAGUGUCCUGGCCAUGUGACCCAGGAAGUACAGCAACAGGCCCGAGAGCUCCUUAAGAAAUACGGCAACACUAAAGCUUACAAACGAUACUGCCAGGCCUUCUGCACAUGAACUCUCAAGGACUUGGAAGAAUCAUGCCAAUUUUAAAAUGACUGACACCUUUCAACUCUGCAGUUACACCUCAACAGACUCUGAUCUAAUACACGUGAGAAUGAAGUUUGAAUGGACUCUACCUACUCUUAGACAGCAGAAUCUGACUUUGGCCUCAACUGUGGUUUCCUACAAGAAAGAUCGGGAAGUCAGCAGGGAGUUGUUCCAAACAUGCACCUGCAGAGUGACUGGUGGUCAUCCCUGAAGCCUUAUGCCCGUUUCACCCAAAGAGAAGAAACUUUUGUAACCACCUGAAGUGUUAUGUUCUUAAAUACAAGCUACCUUUAUAAAUACUCCACAGCAUUAUGAACAUGUCAUUCUUGUUAGAGACAGAUUGCCACAUUUUAUGACUUUUUUUUUUUUUCAUUAUUUUUGUUAACUCAGUUUCUUCCUCCUCUACUGUUUCAAAUACUGAAGUUCAAACGAGAAAUAGGCCUUACCCAUCAUGUUGAUUCUUUACCUUCUGUCUGAACAACAGGUUGAAAAUUUGGUUUUGUUUCACUUAAUGUCUUACUUAGACAAAUUACUUACCAAAACUUUAGAACAAAUAACUAACUCAAACGUAUUGUAUCCCUUGAGUUUUAUAACAAAAGAUUGAUGGUGAUCAAAUAGCUCAGGAAGAAAAUUCUGUGUAAGUGGAUUACAAAACUUUGUUCUCUCCUUUGGUUAUUAAAACAGCUGAACAGUGUUAGGAA